AUGGGCAUAGGAAAGCUAGCGCGAGGGUUUACUUACCGUCCCCGGCUGCUCCUCCUCGGCCAUCGACCUUCAAGUCCUGGCUAUUUCAGCUCGAAUUUCCAUUGUAGUCGCAAAUGGAAUCAUGCAUCCUCGGGCACAGACGAUACUCCUUCCCCGUCGCGAGGAGUUACGUCCAGACCUGAGCUCCUUGAAAUUGUUGACCAGUACGACGAUACCUCUAUAAAUGAGCACCUUGAAUUCUUAAGAGACCCUUACCUACGAAGAUAUGCUCCCGCAGACGGUCCAUAUCUUACGGUCUCGGACAGAAGAGAAGAUGUCAACCUCCAAUCUAUUGACGCUAGGCAAAGACUAGACCCCGAAGAAUCUGAGGCAGUUCGAAAGCUACGAGAGAUUGUACUUCUUAAACUUAGGCGUCCGGCAACGAUAGACUUAGAUGAGGUAUAUGACCGAUACUUGUCGCUUCCCGGGCCCCGUGCAUCACAUAUUACGGCUCGAUUGAGGCAUCAGUUGCUUGCGGUCCUAGGAAUGACUGAACGGAAAAACUCCAAGUCUAUGUUGCGGUACUUUUCUGUGGUGACAGACGUAAAGAACAGCGGUUUUCCCCUAACUAGGCUUGAAUGGAAUACCGCCAUGUCAUUUGCUAGUCGGUAUGUCGGAAGAUCAACAGAAGUAGAGGUUGAGGCUGCGCUUCAUCUCUGGCGUGAGAUGGAACAGGUUGCAGGUAUUCGUGCCUCUGAUGUGACUUUCAACAUCCUUUUCGACGUUGCAUCGAAAGCUGGCAAAUUUAAUCUUGCCGAGAUGAUAUAUCAGGAGAUGAUGACCCGCGGUUUUCAGUUCAACCGAUAUCACCAUGUCAGUCUGAUUCACUACUUUGGUCUCAAACAGGACACCAGCGGGAUGAGAGCAGCCUAUAGAGAGAUGGUGGAGUCGGGUGAAGUAAUUGACUCAAUCGUACUCAAUAGUGUCAUAUCUGGAUUUCUGACAGCUGGGGAAGAAGAUUCCGCAGAGAAAGUCUACGAGAAAAUGAAACUUUCAGCUCGAGGAACCAGGGUGCUGCCAGAUCGUAACUACUCGAUGCAGAAGAAUAUUACCAAGGUACUUAUGAUGUUUGCAAGAGUAGCCAAAAAACAUCCUGAAAUGCGUCCGAAUUUUCAGCAAACCGCACUGAUCUCGCCGGACCUACAAACCUACCGCCUCCUCAUCAACCACUAUGGCCCGAGAUUAGGCAAUCUCUCUAAAGUUGCACAGUUCCUCGAUGAGAUGAAGCUUUUCGAAGUUCAACUCCACGGCGCUAUCUUCCUUGCACUUUUCAAGGCAUUUGGUAGGCAUGGGAGUACCGGAUCGGACUGGUCAGCAGAGAGGUUAGUUAGUGUAUGGAACGCCUUCUUAGAUGCCCUCGACUCUGGGACCGAGGGGUUUUACAUCAGUACAUGGGCUAUGGCUGUUUUGAGAGCCUUCUCCAGAUUUUCGACUCGAGAUCAGAUGUUGGAUAUAUACGAAAGUCUGAGGUCUAGAUGGGAUCUGGACACAGGAAAUUCGCAAUUCAUGAUGGAUUUCCUGACAAGGAUUAUGCAACAAGAUAAUUUCCUUGCACAAUCCAGAGGCAUAUCAUUUUGA